AUGUCGCUUAGCUUACCAAAUGCUGCUUUUGACCAUUUCUCUCAAACAGGCGAAGAAAAUGCAACAAAAAAGCGGCUAGCAGAGCCCAGCUACGGCGGUGCUAAGGGUCAGAAGCGGCAAAUGUACACUGUCGUUCUACAGUCUGCGCAAGCACCAUUCCUCGGUGUGCUGAAUACAGUUGACCCCUCCGGCAUCAUGCAGCUGGAUGAGUGGAACCGACAGCUGGCAGAGCUAGUGGUACAUUUCCAAACCAGGAUCUCUGAGCUUACCCUACCUCCAGCUGACGAGCCGCAGCAAUUGUCAGAUCCUGCCCGCUCCAUGGAAAUAUUCAGCCCGAAAAAGAGUCAGGCUGCCAAUCACGCAGAGUCAUGUGCCUAUAUUUUCAUUCCUUCUAAUGCAUGCCCCAGCGAUAAGAAGCACAGCGUUCGGCGGGUUUAUAUAUUGGACUUUCCAAGAAUCAGCGGGAAGAAAGCUAAGCCUAAAAAGCGCCUGAGUACCCAUGGUGUUAAUACUGCCAAGAUUCUCCUUUCCCACCCAAUCUGCCCGCGGGUCGACGAGUUUUUUGUUGAAAGCAGCUAUGUAAACGAAUUCGUCACCAAAGUUCGCAGUUCAGGGCUGACUACGCUCUGCACUACCGAUGCCAGCAAGGCACUGUGCAUUGCUCAGCGCACAUCCAAGCCAAUACUGUCCUUUCAGAGAUAUUGCAGCAAAUUCAGGACCGCAUAUAUCACUCUCCCGAAAGCGGCUAAAGGCCGAUGCACCAGGUAUCUUCAAGACUAUGCAAUAGAGGUUGGGAUUAAACUCUGA